AUGGCGGUGGAACACAAACCACGGAAGUCUUUUCUCAUCAAGGAUAUCUUAGACGAAGAACCGGAAAAGGACAGGCGGGCAGAAGAAGAGAGGAAACCCACCCCGCCCCCUCACACGUCCCUGCCCGUCCGGUGGAGCUCGCAGUACCCGCUCCACCUGCACAGACCGGACCGGCGGCCGGCGGAACCCUUCAGCGCCGCCCUGAAGCCCACCCUGCCGACCAGACCCCGCAAACAGCGCCGCAGGAGGACCGUCUUCACACAGUCUCAGCUGCGGGCCCUGGAGAGGAAGUUCCGCUGUCAGAAGUACCUGAGCGUGGCGGAGCGGGCCGAGGUCGCCAGGGCCCUCGGGCUCUCAGAGACGCAGAUCAAGACCUGGUACCAGAACCGCAGAACGAAGUGGAAGCGGGAAACGAGCGUCAGCAAACGGUGGGAGGAACUGUACCGGCACGCAUGCUCAGAAAGCGACUGCCCGGGAGUGCGUCAGCCUCUGCAGGCCUGCGUCACCACUACGUCAUCUCCGGUUCACUUCCGGUCACAUGACGCGCCGACAGGACUGCUGGGAAAUCUGUCAUCUUACGUCAGAGAGUUCCCCAGAACCAGUCAGUAA